AGGAUCCCAGUGCAGCAGAAUGAAGUCCGUGAUCCUGGUGGCCUUGGUGGCCUGCUUUCUCCAGGCGGGUUUCUCCCUUAAAAUCGCCUCCUUUAACAUCGAGAGGUUUGCAGUGGGCAAGGUUGAUGACCCCACCGUCCUAAGCCUUCUCAUCCAGAUCCUCAGAAGAUAUGAACUCAUCGCUGUUCAGGAGGUCAUGAGUAAAGACAACACGGCCAUCAUAAGACUUGUCCAGGAGCUGAACGCGGCCACAGGUCUACACUACAAUCUGCUGAUUUCUGACCAUCUGGGCCGUAGCACGUACCGGGAGAAAUAUGUGUAUAUAUAUAGAGAGGACAUCCUGAAGCCAACAGAAUGGUAUCACUACGACGACGGCUGUGAAAACUGCGGCACGGACGUCUUCAUCCGCGAACCCUUUGUUGCCCGUUUUUCAUCACUUACCACAGAGCUGAAGGACUUUGCCCUGGUCUCCAUUCACACCAGCCCAGAUUAUGCAGUGCGGGAGGUGGACGGUCUCUAUGACGUGUGGGAAGACGCCAAGCAACGCCUACUUCUGGAGGACAUCCUCAUCCUUGGAGAUUACAAUGCAGGCUGCAGUUAUGUGAAGAGUUCCCAUUGGCCAAAUAUUCGACUCCGUCAGGAAUCCAGCCUCCAGUGGUUGAUUGGAGAUACUGAAGACUCUACUGUGAGCACCAACACUCACUGCCCAUACGAUAGGCUGGUGGUUGGUGGAGCUCGUUUUCAGGACACAGUCAUUCCAGGCACGGCUAAAGCUUUCAACUACCACGUAGCAUACGGUCUUACAUAUGAAAUGGCCGAUGCCUGUCUCGGAUCACUACCCCGUGGAGAUGGAGAUACGUGAUGAUUCUUUGUACAACAAUCAGAAGUUACCGAUCAGCGGCAGUAUUGGUAUAAGUGGAGGCCUGUCCCUAAAUGGCGUCUGCGACUGUGUGGGGGUGGAUUUCACAUCCUGU